GUGAGUGUUAUGUUUGUGCCUCCAAUGAGCCUUACCGGAAAGUCGACUACACCAAGAUCGCCAUCCCGAGCUGGAAGCCGGGUGCCGGCACCGGAGCGGGAACUGCGAGCUCGAGUCGUCCCUCCACGGCGUCCACGGGGGUGUCGGCGAGCACCGCCGGUGGCUCCUCCAAAGAUCGUCCUGAAGGCCGCGAAGGCAGGGAGAGCAAAGACUUCAUCAAGCCCAAACUGGUGACGGUGAUUCGCAGCGGCGUGAAGCCUCGCAAGGCGGUGAGGAUCCUGCUGAACAAGAAGACGGCUCACUCCUUCGAACAAGUGCUGGCCGACAUCACGGAGGCCAUCAAGCUGGACUCGGGGGCCGUGAAGAGGCUGUACACGCUGGAUGGGAAACAG